CCCACCGCGUGCCCUCCCCUCCCCUCUGGCUGCGGGAAAAGCGGCCGCGGGCGCCGCUGCUCACUGUGGGGCGGGCAGCGGACAAGAUGCGAGCGCGGGCGCAGCGUCGGCCGCUCUGGGCCGCGGUGCUGGCGCUGGGGGCGCUGGCGGGCAUCGGCGUCGGAGGGCCCAACAUCUGUACCACACGAGGUGUGAGCUCGUGCCAGCAGUGCCUGGCUGUGAGUCCCGUGUGUGCCUGGUGCUCAGAUGAGGCCCUGCCUCCUGGCUCAUCCCGCUGUGACCUGAAGGAGAAUCUGCUGAAGGACAACUGUGCCCCGGAGUCCAUCGAGUUCCCGGUCAGUGAGGCCCAGAUCCUGGAGGCCAGGCCCCUCAGCGACAAGGGUUCUGGAGACAGAGCCCAGGUGACGCAAGUCAGUCCCCAGAGGAUUGCGCUCCGGCUGCGGCCAGAUGAUUCGAAAACUUUCUCCAUCCAAGUACGGCAAGUGGAAGAUUACCCUGUGGACAUCUAUUACUUGAUGGACCUGUCCUAUUCCAUGAAAGAUGAUCUCGGGAGCAUCCAAAACCUGGGUACCAAACUGGCCUCCCAGAUGCGCAAGCUCACUAGCAACCUGCGGAUUGGCUUUGGGGCCUUCGUGGAUAAGCCUGUGUCACCCUACAUGUACAUCUCCCCGCCAGAGGCCCUCAGAAACCCCUGCUAUGAUAUGAAGACCACCUGUUUGCCCAUGUUUGGCUACAAACAUGUACUGACGCUAACUGACCAGGUGACCCGUUUCAAUGAGGAAGUGAAGAAGCAGAGUGUAUCCCGGAACCGAGAUGCCCCAGAGGGGGGCUUUGAUGCCAUCAUGCAGGCUACAGUCUGUGAUGAAAAGAUUGGCUGGAGGAAUGAUGCAUCCCACUUGCUGGUGUUUACCACGGAUGCCAAGACACAUAUUGCAUUAGACGGAAGGCUUGCAGGCAUUGUUCAGCCCAAUGAUGGGCAGUGUCAUAUUGGCGGUGACAACUAUUACUCUGCCUCUACUACCAUGGAUUAUCCCUCUCUGGGCCUGAUGACUGAAAAGCUAUCCCAGAAGAACAUCAAUUUGAUCUUUGCUGUCACUGAAAAGGUCGUCAACCUCUACCAGAACUAUAGUGAGCUCAUCCCAGGGACCACGGUGGGGGUCCUGUCCACUGACUCCAGCAACGUCCUCCAGCUCAUCGUCGAUGCUUAUGGGAAAAUCCGCUCUAAAGUGGAACUGGAAGUGCGCGAUCUUCCUGAGGAGCUGUCACUGUCCUUCAACGCCACCUGCCUCAACAAUGAGGUCAUCCCAGGCCUCAAGUCUUGUGUGGGACUCAAGAUCGGAGACACGGUGAGCUUCAGCAUUGAGGCCAAGGUGCGCGGCUGCCCCCAGGAGAAGGAGAAGGCCUUCACCAUCAAGCCAGUGGGCUUCAAGGACAGCCUCACUGUCCAGGUGACUUUUGACUGUGACUGUGCCUGCCAGGCGUGGGCUGAGCCUCACAGCCACCGCUGCAACAACGGCAAUGGGACUUUUGAGUGUGGGGUGUGCCGCUGUGGGUCCGGCUGGCUGGGCUCACAGUGCGAGUGCUCCGAGGAGGACUACCACCCCUCCCAGCAGGAUGAGUGUAGCCCCAAGGAGGGCCAGCCUGCCUGCAGCCAGCGGGGUGAGUGCCUCUGUGGCCAAUGUGUGUGCCACAGCAGUGACUUUGGCAAGAUCUCGGGCAAGUACUGUGAGUGUGAUGACUUCUCCUGUGUCCGCUACAAGGGGGAGAUGUGCUCGGGCCAUGGCCAGUGCAGCUGUGGGGAUUGCCUGUGUGACUCUGACUGGACCGGCUACUACUGCAACUGCACCACACGCACCGACACCUGCCUGUCCAGCAAUGGGCUGCUGUGCAGUGGCCGGGGCAAGUGCGAAUGCGGCAGCUGCGUCUGCGUCCAGCCAGGCUCCUAUGGGGAUACCUGCGAGAAGUGUCCCACCUGCCCAGAUGCCUGCACCUUUAAGAAGGACUGUGUGGAGUGUACGAAGUUUGAGCGCGGCACCCUCCACGAGGAAGGCACCUGCAACCGCUACUGCCGCGACGAGAUUGAGUCUGUGAAGGAGCUCAGGGACACUGGCAAGGAUGCAGUGAAUUGCACCUACAAGAAUGAGGAUGACUGUGUUGUCAGAUUCCAGUACUACGAAGACUCCAGUGGCAAGUCCAUCCUGUAUGUGGUAGAAGAGCCAGAGUGUCCCAAGGGCCCUGACAUCUUGGUGGUCCUGAUGUCGGUGAUGGGGGCCAUUCUGCUCAUUGGCCUUGCCACGCUGCUCAUCUGGAAGCUGCUCAUCACCAUCCAUGACCGGAAAGAGUUUGCUAAAUUUGAGGAAGAACGAGCAAGAGCGAAAUGGGAUACGGCCAACAACCCGCUGUAUAAGGAGGCCACGUCCACCUUCACAAAUAUCACCUACCGGGGCACUUAGUGACAAAGCGACCAUCCUCUGAGUACUUCAGGCCGUGCCAGUGGAGGCUGUUUCUGCCAUCAGUCUAUGGAUGACAGUGGGUGGGUGGGCGAAUACAUGGUGUGUGAGUGUGUGUGUGUAUGUGUGUGUGUCAGGGGAAUGUGUGACUUGGCAUCCUCAUGAGCACAGCUCCUGCGCCUUUGUCCUCAGAAUGCUACCUGCAGGGAUUGUGCCUGCUUCGCUUGAUGGUGAGUUCUGAGCCCAGCAGGUGUCCUUCAGUACCUCAGAGAAAAGCCAGCACUCCUGGCCACCCCUUAUCCCUGAAGAAAAGAGCAUGGCUGAGACCUCUCAUCCCCGAGGAGGCCAAGCUGCACCAGUCCUGGAGUUUGGCCUGUGCCUCUCAGGUCUGACUCCCAACAGCCACAUCGAUGAGGGUGGGGUGUCACCGCCACCUGUGUCCUCAGUGUCUCCAUUCAUGUCCUCUUCCCCGGGGCCCCAGGAGGAGUCAGGGGUGUGCUGACAGUAACUUUUGCCAUCACCUCAGUCUGGCUUUGUCAUAAGGCUUUGUCACCUGAUUCUUUGAACUUCUGAGAGUGAAGCCUGCAGGGCCACUCAGGGCCACAUGGGGUCUGAGGGAUGUGCCAGCAUCCUCUGAGACCUAAUUAUAACUCUUUGGAUUUGCCUCAUUGGCAGUUCAAGUCUGUCACCAUCAAACCAGCACCAUCUCCUUACCUCCUACUUCCAUGCCCUCGCUGUUGUAGAUGUUUUUUUUUUUUUCUGUGUACUGGGCUUUCUCUCUUGACCCAGUGUUUUUCUUCCAAGGGAGACCCAGCAGGUUUUCUGCCCUUGGUCCAGGGUCCCUUCCCACCCCUGCCCCUUACUCCUGUGUUCUACCCAGGGCCUGGGAGUGGUUGCAUUUUUCUACCUCUUGAGCGUCUGGUGAAGAAAUCGCUCUGAGUGUCUGCUGGGCAUAAGUGCCAGGAUGGAACAAUGCGCCAGCCAUGUAGUCAUUGUGGCUCCUCCUAUCGGCUGGACAACCUCAUUCUAACUCAGUUUUUAACCUGAGGGGCCAUGGUGCAGUUUUAUUUCCUUCUCUUCGGGACACCUGAAACCACAAUGAGGUUUGCUUAACUGAAAAGAACAUGUGAAUAGAUAUCCUUGCAUUAUGUUUGCAAUUUUAUUGGAUGACAAAAAAGGAGAGUCUGAAAAAUCAUGAAGACGUGGAAGGAAGCACACUGCCACUUGGUACCACUCAGACUGAAUCACUGCUCAGUUGCUGGGGCUGCGAGGAGCUCUCCCUCUUCCUAGAAGCCCAAGGGCAUGGCAAUAUGGACACACUGGACCUUUCCUGAGGAGGAGGGACUUUUCUUUUGUCUCAACAAUAGCAAUUGUUCCAUUAGUGUUGACAUCCACCCAACAGUAAAAAUCACCACCCUGUCACCCCAGAAAAAGAGAAAGACCAAUAAACGGUGUUCUGAUUGAUAAUCAAAAAACCCAAGUCCUGGCCUCCGUGAUGCAGCCAAGAUGACUUUCACUCUAAUUAAGGCAAAUCACUUUCUUUCCCCCAUGCCUUAGUUUUCCAGUUUGAAAAUGGAGUUGGACCAGCGUAUCUAGAAGGUCUCUUUUACGGUCAACAUUCUAGGAAGCUGAGACUUAAACGAUAACAAUAGACACACAGUCUGUGCAAUAUUGACUAGAUAUUGAUUAGCUAGACCUGGCCUUGCCAAGAGCAGAUGUCAUUCUUACGUUCCUGUGACAGUCUCAUCGUGUCCUCCCUUCCAUCAGAACCCCUUCUCCAACUUUUGUUAACAGGUACAUGUCCUGAUGUAGCACUUAAGCACCCUGGUUGUUUUUUCUUAGUUCACUUUCCACACAUUUAUACCCACAUAUUAGGAAAGAAGAAUUAGCCAACGGCCCACCCAUGUGUCAGCCAUGAGAAUAAGGCUUGGAGUUAAAGAGGCAAAUGCCUGAACCCUGUCUUGCCUGUAGAUUACCUCCUACUGUUGACGGUGGGACUGUGGCAGAAGGAUAAAUAGACAGAGGGGAGGGGCGAUCACCAGUUCAGGAAGUGUAGAAGCUUCCUGUGACCUCCAGCUACUGAGACCUACUUUAUGAAUAGAGCAGUGGGAUAUUUUCUUCAAAUGGCUUAAAUGAAACUCCAUCAAAGGAGAGAAACAUCUUGCAAAUGGGAAAAGGAGGAGGAAUCUAUUCUGAGCCUCUUGAAUGAGGCUUAUAGGUGUUGAAGACCAAUGCUGUUUGUGAUCAUGUGGGGAUAACUAGCUGUGCUCAUGAGAUCACAGGUACAAUUUUGGCCGCACACAGAUUGACUGUCUAACUGGUAUCCCAGCAUCGGAUUAUGUGGUGCAAAUGGACUGUGUACCAUCCUUCCUUUUUGGGAAUACUUUUUGUCCAAUCUCAGGGUCUAUGUAUCAUAACAGGAAAUUUUGAACAUUCCAGUCAAGUUGUCAUAUUGAGUCAGCUCUUUACCUUUUGGAUAUUUCUAGGCCGUCCAUGAAUUCUAGAUGCUUCUCCUUGUUAAGUUUUCCUGGCUGAGAUGAGCUCAGUGCCUUCCUGAUGUGCUAACCACCUUCUGUGUUUGAAUUGUGCAGCAGUGAAUUAAAUGUGCUUUCCCA